UCUAUCUUGCGCGCAUUUCGAUUUCACCUGGCGUGAGCCUCUGAAGCCUCGCCCAAGCACACGCUACACAGCAUCUCAUAGCUCUUCCUCUUUUCGAGCUCCAGCCAAGAGCUGCGCCCUCCACCAUCAUGGAGACGCCUCCGCAGUCGCCCGGCGGCUCGAAAUCAGAUCCUCUCUAUGGUCUUCAGUCGCCUAGACUCACUGUUAACGGUCGCGACGAUGUCGCUGACGAUGCUCGGCCAUCUUUGGCGUCUACCAUUUCUGAGCCUAUUCGUCUACAAGGCUUCGCAAGCCCUAUCAGACAGCAUAAACGCACUCCAAGCGCUCAUCGCGAAAUCAAGGAAACUUUGGACGCACACGUCGAGUUCUCCAACGAUGAAACGGAUGGUCGAACCCAUCAUAGAAUAAACCAGUAUGUGAUUCAGGAAGAAAUCGGCCGCGGUUCUUACGGCGCUGUCCAUCUCGCGACAGAUCAGUUCGGAACUGAGUUUGCUAUUAAAGAAUUCUCCAAGGUCCGCCUGCGGAGGCGCGCACAGUCCAUCGCUAUGCGUCAAGGCCCUGGAGGACCGCAAAGACGUAUGCCUGGUAGAGGAGGCGCCAUGUCUCCUCGUCUAAAUGGGCUACGAGACAGUGAGAGAAGCGAUGCCUUAUUCUACAUUCGAGAAGAGAUUGCCAUUAUGAAGAAACUCAACCACCCCAAUUUGGCUCAACUUAUCGAGGUGCUCGAUGACCCGGAUGAAGAUUCUCUGUACAUAGUCAUGGAGAUGUGCAAAAAGGGGGUCAUCAUGAAAGUCGGCCUGGGCGAGCAAGCAGAUCCCUAUCCUGAAGAGGAGUGCAGGUUUUGGUUCCGGGAUUUGAUUUUGGGCAUUGAAUACUUACAUGCUCAAGGAGUUAUUCAUCGCGAUAUCAAGCCAGACAAUCUCUUAUUAUCUGAAGACGACGUUCUAAAAGUUGUCGACUUUGGCGUCUCAGAAAUGUUUUCAAAGGGAAACAAUAUGAGGACGUCCAAAUCCGCUGGGUCUCCAGCCUUUUUGCCCCCCGAACUAUGCAGCAAGCAUAACGAAGUUUCUGGAACGGCUGCAGACAUCUGGUCUAUGGGUAUUACCCUCUAUUGCCUUAAAUAUGGCAAGAUACCGUUCAACAAGGAGGCCAUACUUGAGAUUUACGAGGCUAUUAAGACAGAGGAACCAGAAUAUGCCAAAGAUGAGAAUCCGACAUUUCUCAAUCUGAUGAGCAGGUUGCUAGACAAGAAUCCAGAAACACGAAUAACCAUGGCUGAGCUUCGGGAACAUCCUUGGGUCACUAAAGGAGGAACCGAUCCCUUACUGUCGGCAGAAGAAAAUUGUUCAGACCCCAUAGAGCCGCCGAAUGAGCUGGAGCUUAGCCGCGCUUUCACAAGGAAGAUGAACCACCUCCUAUGCGUGAUGAAGGCAAUCCAUCGAUUUAGGAGCUCAUUAGCUCGCAGCCGCAAAAAAGCUGCUGCUCGACUAAGGGAAGCUACAAAAGAAAACGAGACACCCAAAUUACUAGAUACCAGCGCAUCAGUAGAAGAUAUAGCAGCGCUCAUCGCACAGCAAAAGACAAUUCUACUUGCACCAGAGCCCGAUGAAAAGACUAAAGGCCACGCUCACGAUAUUAGCGACCAAGAGCCGUUGUUCCUGGGCAUCGGCACAGGAGCAAGAGACGCUUUUGUUACCGAUGAGAAGACGCCCGACGUUGUGUCCGACUCUCCGACGGCAGUGGAUUUCAAUGUGUAUGAUCGGGCGUAUGAGGAGGCUAUCAACGAACGAAUGAAACAGAAUCAGUCAAGCAACCCUGUUCUGUACUUGACGAAACAUAUCAAAGAGAAGGAAUAUUUCAAAAAGCUGGAGAACAUGGUCGACGAGGCUUUGGUCUCACAAUCUCCCUUCAAGGCUGCCGUGGAGAAUUCCAAGCGACUUCUAGACCCUUUACCUCUCCGUCCAGGCAAUAAACUAGCCGAUCUCGUGUCCACCGUUAGAGCUUCGGGAGCGUCCAAGAAUAGCAGCAAGACAACAGACCAAAAUUAAGCUGGUGGUUGUCUCAAGGCUGUGUCAAGCCAGCGUCCUGGCAGCCUAUCCCACCAGGUAAUCUAAUUGUGAACAUCUACAAGAAAACAUUCCAAGAAAAUAUUUCGGGAUUACGAGAUACCAGGCUCGAAGAAUUGCUAACCCCUCUCCUCACAAGUGACCUCCUUUUCAAUUAAGGUACAACGAGAAUGCAUGAUAUAUCCAUGAGGCGACGAUUAAGGGGCGUCCAACAGAAAGCUGUGAAACAGGCUCGUGUGUGACUGCCUCCAAUCAGACAAUACGCUGCUGUGUUUUUACGCUACUCAAGAUGCAUUAUCAUGAUGUAGGAUGAGAUGAGAUUAUCGCUGAGGUUAUCAAUUCCUUUCAUUCUGUGGAGAAGGCAAUCUCCGCUACCAAUAGUAAAGGUGUGCUCACCGCUUCGAA